GGACCCGUCCCUCCGUCCGUCGCUUCUUGGCACCACAUUCGUUUCCACAGAACAAUGCCAACAACAUCGUCAACGACGACGACGACGACGACCGCCGUCGAAGCAACGCGGACCGUGCCUAUGAGGCGGAAUAGACGUCGACUCUCCUCGUACCGUUCCAAUCCUCAAAGGCAGAUGCUCUGUCAUACUCUCCCCAAGUCGCUCGACGCGUUGGACCUAUCCUCCUCCGGCGUCCCACGCCCGACGCUUGCCUCCCUACGCGUGCAUGUUUUGGCCUACCUCGCCGACCUCGAGACGCGCCUCAGCCUGCUCGAAUCUCCCCAAUUCAGCCCGGCAAGUUUAGGUCUGGGAUCCGGAUUCGAUUCCUACAUCGAGAGCGCUGAGAGCAAGGUGCAUGAGAAGGUCGAGGAGGUUAGGCAGUGGGCAAGGGCAGGACUCGAGAGUAUAGCCAAGAUCCGGAGCGACGUGUGCUCGUACCUCCCCGAUUUCCCAGACUUAGAAGAGUCGAUGGUCAACGUGAAAUCUCGCCUCCCGGGCGUAUCCCCACUGGGCUCUCUUUCAUUAGAGGAAAUGCGCUCUCGCCUGCCGGAAUUGCCCAGCGUCGAAGAUGUACGCUCGCGUCUUCCCGAAAUACCUCAACUGCCGGACAUCCAGCUCCCGGAGCUCUCCAUGCCUCAAAUGCCAGAGCUCGAGUUCGACCUCUCCACCCUCCGGCCUCGGCUUGAGUCCCUUUCCUCGCAUAUCGACUCUUUACAGACACAUCUCUCUUCUGCCGCGCUGUAUCUCCCGCACCUCCCGCAUGUCUACAGCCUCAACAUGAGCAUCGCGCCCAGCACCAUGCUCUCCGACCUUCUAGACAAGGUGCUCAUGUCAGACCACCUGUACAAGAUGCUUCCGAAGGAGGACGAGAAGGAGGAGAGCAUGCUAGAGAAGGCGGCACGGGAGGUCGCGGCGGCAGUGAAGUCCUCCAUGCACGGCGCGAAACUCAUCCGGUACUCGGAUCUGCCGAACAAGUGGCGAAACAACCCGUUCGUAACGAGAGGCUAUCGAUUUAUCCCUCUGGACCAGUGGCAUCGUAUUAUCAUAUCUCUGGGACAGAUCCAUAACGAAACACUGAAUAUCCAUACGCACUUCCUCCCCUUUGUGUUCUGGCUUCUGCCCCUCCUGCCUUUCACGCCCACUAUCGCCUCCCAACUCCCCUCCUCUAUCGCGUCCCUCCUCCCAUCAUCUCUCCACUCCGCCUCAAUGGUUCCAACCACAGCAGCAGACCUUGACCUUCCCGAACUGAUCUUUGUCAUCUUCGCGCUCCUCUGCCUCUUCGCGUCAGCCGUCUGGCAUACCAUGGCCGGUUGCGCACACCCGCGCGGUAUGGAGAUCUGCGCGCGGCUCGACUACGUUGGUAUCGGAUGGUUGAUAAGCGCGAGCGUAGCCUCGGUCAUGUACUACGCCUUCCAAGCCCACCCCGCGGCACGCGACAUUUACCUCGGACUCUCCUUCUUCACCGCAAUCGCGGGUACGGUCCUCCCCUUCAUGGACUGGUUCAAUCAACGGCAGUACAAGAAAUAUCGCAUCAUGUUUUUCCUCGCGCUGGGCUUCACUGCGCUGGCCCCGCUCACGCACCUUUCCCUUCUCUUCUCGCCCUACCGCACUCUUGUCUUCAUCGCGCCGGUUCUGCGCUCCGUGUCCUCCUACCUCGCCGGUCUCGUAUUCUACGCGACGCACUUCCCCGAGUGCAUGCUCUCCAAGCACCCGCGGUGGCGCUGGCUCGACUGGCUAGGCGGCGGUUCACACGCGAUCUGGCAUGCGUUCAUCGUGCUCGCGAUCGCCCAGCACCGGGCAGCGAUCGCGGGGCUGAAGAGUGGGAUAUGAAGUCCCGGUAUGGAUGUAGGGGUUGGCGUGAAGAUGAUGGGGAGGUAGACGGUUUUCUGGUAUAGAUUCAUGGGGUUAUGCGUAUAGAUGGGUGGAACGUAGCAUAUUCCUGGACGUAAUUCAUUCUCUGGUUACGGUAUCAUCGGGCCACGACGUCGAC